GUGUCUGUGUCACUUGUUCGAAAAUGCGCGCGCCUACCUCGCGCCGCGUCCGUCGCCUGGCGACAGCUGUUCCAUUCCCCUCCCCCCACCGACGCGAUCAAUAACAGCCGGGUAGGCAUGACCGCCGCAUUCUGUGCUGGGCCAAUCACCGAGCGAAAAGCCACUUCUCUUCAACCAAUCGGCAGGAAAGCAGCGUGUGGCUUCCGACCAAUAGGCGUAUAGGUGGCCAGGAAAGAUCUGCGUUUAAACCGUCUCUCUGGUUCUGCUGCUGCUGGGGGACGGAGACUGGGUGACGGUCUGGGGAUAGUAAGUGGCCAGCCGGAGGAUGCCGUCGCGGGUGGAGGACUACGAUGUGAUGUUCACGAUAGGCUCAGGUUCCUAUGGGAAGUGCCAGAAGAUUCGCAGAAGAGCGGACGGGAAGGUGUUGGUAUGGAAGGAGCUGGACUAUGGAACCAUGAGUGAGGCUGAGAAACAGAUGCUGGUCUCUGAAGUGAACCUGUUGCGUGAACUGAAGCAUCCAAACAUUGUCCGCUACUAUGACCGUAUCAUUGAUCGAACAAAUACUACUCUUUACAUAGUGAUGGAGUACUGCGAAGGAGGUGACCUGGCCUCUCUGAUUGCUAAAUGUACUAAGGAGAGGCAGUACUUAGAAGAAGACUUUAUACUGCAUGUGUUUGCCCAACUUGCCUUAGCCCUUAAAGACUGCCACAAGCGAAGUGAUGGGGGUCAUACUGUUCUCCACAGAGACCUGAAACCUGCCAACAUAUUUCUAGAUGCUAAAAAGAAUGUGAAACUCGGUGACUUUGGCUUGGCCAGGAUAUUGCACCAUGACACCAGUUUUGCUAAAACGUUUGUCGGCACACCCUAUUACAUGUCUCCUGAGCAGAUGAAUAGGAUGUCCUACAAUGAGAAGUCUGAUAUAUGGUCUCUCGGGUGCCUUCUGUAUGAACUUUGUGCACUUUCGCCGCCUUUCACAGCUUAUAAUCAGAAAGAGUUGGCAGAAAAGAUAAGAAUAGGAAAGUUUCGGCGAAUCCCAUAUCGUUAUUCUGAAGAACUGAACCAAAUAAUUACUAAAAUGUUAAAUCUUAAGGAUUAUUUGAGACCCUCCAUUGAGGAUAUUUUGCAGCACUCCCUGAUGGCUGACUGUGUUGCAGAAGAGCAGGACAGGAUAUCUGAGAAGCGCUCCCGGCGAUCUGCAGAACAGGAAUGGGUUCCCCAGCCAGACACUGUGCCAGCAGAAAUGCGGGUAAAGGAACACCAACUACUGGCACGGGAGAAAGCAUUGAAGGAGAGGGAGGAACGCCUUGAGCAGCGAGAAAGAGAGCUGUGUGUGCGGGAGAGACUUGCAGAGGAUAAACUGGCAAGGGCAGAAAAUCUGAUGAAGAACUUCAAUCUGAUGAAGGAACGUUAUUAUGGGGCUGCAAUGGAAAAUGGGCUAGAUCCUUCCCUGGGUCAGUCCUCUACAAGGAGCAGGAAGCAUGUCCAAUUUGGCAUUGAAAGUAAAGAGAACCGCAGUGGGGCCAAGUUCCCCUCCACACAAGAAAAGUGCAGCGAGUUAAAGCAGCGACUGCAGACCGCCAACAUGCGAGCACAGGCCCUGUGUGAGCUGGAAAAGAACUAUCAGCUGAAAAGCCGACAGAUGCUAGGCAUGCGCUGACAUUUACCCAGUCAUCUUAUUUCAGAAAAAACGUGCGCACAACGCAUGUAGCGGUCUCAUGUAAAAAAGUUAAUUUUUUUAUUUUUAAAUGUACUUUUUUUUUUCUUUUUUAAACAAUUUUUUAAUAAGACUACUUAAGUUAUUUCAGAAUUUUAAUAUAUAUGUUGUGACUGAUUUCAUUUGCUCUUGCUGAUCAGUUUGGUGCAAAAUCCAUAGUACCGUUUAAAUUGUUGAAAGGAGCUUUUAUGAAUACCUACUUACUGCGUCUCCAGAGAUAAUGUAUAUAUGUCUGUUCCAAGUUUUGUACAUUUUAUAAUCCCAGCCAGUUUUCACACUGCUCUGCCCUCUUCUCCUCUCCUGUAGUGGUGUCUGCCGCACUCGUUGUCUACACUCUCUGCUCAGUCAAGUCUGUAUGUCAGCUGCAAGUGUCUACUCAAACAUGAGUGCCUUAUCAAUGUAAUAGUGCAUGUGGUGUUGAAUUUUGAACAUGUGUUUGUGAAUGUUAUUGUCACCAAAACUAAGUUUAAACUUUGUUUAAAAUUG